GAUCUUUCAAAGACGAUCAGCCAGCAGUGGAAGAGCUUGACUGCCGAGGAGCGGCAGUACUGGGAAGGUUUGGCGAAGGAGAAGAAGAAGGAGCACGAGCAGAUGUACCCCAACUACGUCUAUCGUCCACAGCGCGCCAAGGACAAGGAUGGCCGG